UUUCAAAGUUUCAACAAUGGGGUGGGUCUACACGUUAACUCGGCCAGCAAUUAGCUUCUGAUUCUUUUGUUGAAGUUUUUAAUUAUUUGCAUCGCUAGACAAAAGAAAAGCAAAUUUGAGGUGUACAGCAACUUGCCAUAUCUUAUAAUAUAAUCUUUGGUAGGUAGAGUUUGUUGCUUCCUUCCUAGCAACUUCCUUCUUCUCAAACAAUACAAUAAUCUUUGCUGCUGUAACAUUCUCCUCCAAAUCUCAUCUUAUUAUACCAUUGAUUUCCCGAUUUCGCUCAUCAAAUUUCUUAAACCUUUCUGAUGAUCAGUGCUUCCUUUUCUGAUUGAAUCGAAUCAUCUGGAGCUCAACAUCUUGUAACUUCCUUAUUAUUUUUAAACCGUAUAUUCUUCUCUGUUCUUGUCUUUUUUGCUGAAUACUGCUUAAGCAAACCAGCACUUGAAGCACAACUUGAAUCCAGGACAAAAUGGGUAGAUCAGAUGAUCCGUUUUGGAAUGAAGUUGAAGAUAUGAAUGAUGGAAGCAUGAAGUGUAAGUUUUGUGGGCGUUUAUUUGUCAAUGGUACUUCCAUUUCGAGGAUCAAAUGGCAUUUAUCAGGAGAGAGAGGGCAUGGUGUUGGCAUUUGUGGUCAGGUGCCUGAAGAAGUUCAAGAAGCAGCCUUUCUAGCUAUGCAUGUUGGCAACAAAAGACAUAAAAGCAUAGCAAGUUCAAGCAAUGUUGACACCUGUCCACAAGAACAAGACAAUGCUGUACUUGGUAAUUUGGCACAAGGUGUUGGGCCUGAGAGAAUUCAUUCGCGUUUAGAAGCGGCAAAUGGCAUGGAAAACACUGGUGAAGGAUCUUUUCAGCAUGUUGACAGAAGUGUCUCUCCUUGGAGACUCGGAGUUGAUGCUCAUGAGAAUAAAGGAGAAGCAACACAAAGAACAGAUUUAGCGGAUCAAUUUGCUGAUAGUACUUGGGUUCAGAUACACUCUGCCCUUUCAAAGGCGCAGAAGCUGAAUGAAAUCUCUACCUAUUUAAUGCAGGAAGAUGAGGAUGUGGAGCGUCUGCAUGAUGCAUUUGAAACUGUACCGAGAACAGAACAAGUGCAGCAUCUGGAGAGAGGUAGCUCUUGUGAGAGGCCAUCAAUUAAUCAAGUUGAUAAGCCUCGAGGAGAUAAAAGCAUAGCAAGUUCGAGCAAUGUUAAUGAUUAUGCUAUUUCAACCGGUCUGCUAGAACAAAACAAAGCAGUACUUGACAAUUUGGCUGGGGAUGCUGGAAGGAUACAAGCACCAGAUGUAACGGGUCAAUCAAUUGAGAGAAGUUUGGAUGAGAUCUGUAAUUUGUCAACAGAGGAUGAUAUAGAUAACGGGACUAGAGGAGCAGUGCAGCCUGGUGCAGGAGCUAGCUCUUUUGGAGGGCUUACAUGGAACAUAGAUGAGAUUAAAGGAGAUGCACUACCAACGACAAAGCUGGUGGGUCAUGAAUUCGAAGACCAUAAGAGGAUUAUCCGGCGGUGGUUGAUGAACGAUGAAGUUUCAAGGAUUGGCAUCUAUGGGAUGGGUGGAGUGGGAAAGACAACAUUAGUGACACACAUAUAUAAUCAGCUUCUAGAAAGACCAGAUACUUUCUGUCAUGUUUACUGGAUUACUGUUUCACAAGAUACCAGCAUUAGUAGAUUGCAGAACAGUAUUGCACGAUGUAUUGGUUUAGAUCUUUCCAAUGAAGACGAGGAGCUGCACAUAGCGGUCAAAUUGUCAAAAGAAUUAAUGAAGAAGCAGAAAUGGGUUCUGAUUUUAGAUGAUUUAUGGAAGGCUUUUGAACUACACAAGUUGGGGGUUCCUAUCCAAGUUAAGGGAUGCAAGCUGAUUCUUACAACUCGAUCAAAAAAGGUUUGUGAGCAGAUGGAUACCCAACACAUAAUCAAAGUAAAGCCUGUUUCGGAGGAAGAAGCUUGGACUCUUUUUAUUGAGAGACUUGGACAUGUCAUUGCAUUUUCUCCAGAAGUGGAACAAAUUGCAAAAUCUAUCACAAAGGAGUGUGAUGGUUUGCCGCUAGGAAUUAUAACAAUGGCUGGAACCAUGAAAGGGGUGGAUGACAUACACGAGUGGAGGAAUGCCUUAGAGGACCUGAGACAAUCAAGAGUUAGGCAAGAUGGCAUGGAAGAAGAGGUAUUCCGCAUAUUGAGAUUUAGUUAUACGCACUUAAAAGAUUCAGCAUUGCAACAAUGUCUGUUGUAUUGUGCAUUAUUUCCUGAAGGCUACGCGAUAUGUAGGAAGGAUUUGGUAGGGUAUUUGAUUGACGAGGGAGUGAUAAAAGGGCUCAACAGUAGGGUGGCAGAAUUUGACAAAGGCUAUUCGAUGCUUAAUAGUCUUGAAAAUGUUUGUUUGUUGGAAAGAAUUGAUGGUGAUACUGUCAAGAUGCAUGACUUGAUUAGAGACAUGGCCAUACAAAUACAACAAGAGAAUUCUCCGGGCAUGUUUAGAGCAGGUGUGCAAUUAAAAGAAUUGCCGGAUAUAGAUGAGUGGACAGAGAAUCUCACGAGAGUUUCACUUAUGCAAAACCAAAUUGAUGAAAUUCCCUCGAGCCAUUCACCAAGGUGUCCAAAUCAGUUAGAAAACUAUUGUUAGAAUAUUUUUAUUCUUAAGAAUUUAUGCAAAACAGUUAGAAAACUAAUUCAGGGAUUAAGAGCACAAUUAGA